CUAGCCAAGGAAGGUCGCCGGAGAUGUCCGGCCGCGGCAAGGGAGGGAAGGGGCUGGGCAAGGGCGGCGCCAAGCGCCACCGGAAGGUGCUGCGCGACAACAUCCAGGGCAUCACCAAGCCGGCGAUCCGUCGUCUGGCGCGGCGUGGCGGCGUGAAGCGCAUCUCGGGGCUCAUCUACGAGGAGACCCGCGGCGUGCUCAAGAUCUUCCUGGAGAACGUCAUCCGCGACGCCGUGACCUACACCGAGCACGCCCGCCGCAAGACCGUCACCGCCAUGGACGUCGUCUACGCGCUGAAGCGCCAGGGCCGCACCCUCUACGGCUUCGGCGGCUAGGUCCAGUCGAAUCCACCUCGCGCCUCCAGCCAGAUUCGUACCGCAGCUAGCUAUGGUUGUUCAGUGUUCAAUCUCGCUGCUGUUGUUCAGCGUUCAGUGUCUGGAUGUACAGUACUAUGAUAGAAGGAAAAUCACAGAAUUUUACC